CAGCUCGGCCGGCCGGCCCGCCCGCGCGCGAGUCAGGCCCGGCGCGGCGCGGCGCGGCGCGGAGCAUGAGCGGGCAGCGCGUGGACGUCAAGGUGGUGAUGCUGGGCAAGGAGUACGUGGGCAAGACCAGCCUGGUGGAGCGCUACGUGCACGACCGCUUCCUGGCCGGGCCCUACCAGAACACCAUCGGCGCCGCCUUCGUGGCCAAGGUGAUGUCCGUCGGGGACCGGACCGUGACGCUGGGCAUCUGGGACACCGCGGGCUCCGAGCGCUAUGAGGCCAUGAGCCGCAUCUACUACCGGGGCGCCAAGGCGGCCAUCGUCUGCUACGACCUCACGGACAGCGGCAGCUUCGAGAGGGCCAAGUUUUGGGUGAAGGAGCUGCGCAGCCUGGAGGAGGGCUGCCAGAUCUACCUUUGUGGCACCAAGAGCGACCUGCUGGAGGAAGACCGCCGCCGCCGCCGCGUGGACUUCCACGACGUCCAGGAAUAUGCAGACAAUAUCAAAGCUCAGCUCUUCGAAACGUCCAGCAAGACGGGCCAGAGUGUGGACGAGCUGUUCCAGAAAGUGGCGGAGGAUUACGUCAGUGUGGCUGCCUUCCAGGUGAUGACAGAGGACAAGGGUGUGGACCUGAGCCAGAAGCCAAACCCCUACUUCUACAGUUGCUGUCACCACUGACCCCUCCCCCUGGCAUGGAGGUGGUAGAGGAAUCCCAGGAGCUGGGCCCAGUGUUUGUCUGCGUUGGGUGGCCUUCAUCGGCCACGACCCCAGUGGCCCAGGAAGCAGAGGUGCUGCCAGCCUGAGCUGGUCCCUGUGCUAGGUCGGGUGGCAGACUGGCUGAGAGGCUCGAGAAGGGUGCGGGCUGCUGUGGCUGGCAUGCCAGCCCAACUGAUGAAGAUUGAAGUGACUUCUGACAUGUAAAUAAAGUCAAAUGCACUGUGA